GAAAAAUUAGCUUCUGGCCAGUUGUCCCAGGCAUCAGCAAAAAUGACCCAAAAUCCGCCCAAAAAUUAUACUAUAGUAGUAGACAGGCAGGCGUCUAUGUAAGAUUGGUUUUAUUGUUUCGAAGAAGUUUCAAAAUUUUGAAGCAAGCCGACAAGAGAUUGAUGUCGUAGUGCUUACUCAAAAAAUUAUGUCGUAAAAACGAAAAUAGCCGGAAAAUAAGUCAAUAAACAAACGGAAAGUGAAAUCUAAAGAUCGAGGAAGAGGACGAGAAGAGGCGGGAUAUUGAUCCCAAGAAUCGCAAUCAGAUUUUUCACCGCGGAAUCAGCCACGACACCAUAGUCGACUGUCGAUCGGCAGCUCCUGUGUCAAGAACAGCAUGGUGGCAGCCAAUAUGGCGUUCUCAAACGUUACAUUCUCAACUGUUACACGAAUUUGCAAUGCAAGAAUAGCAAAAGUCAAAGGAGGAAGGCUGCACCUCUAGCAUUACAAACUCCGCACAGAUUUAGGUGCUUUUUAGCCCUUCGCAAAUUUGUCAUGCAAAGCAGUUUGCUCGUAUGGAUCUUGAUGGUAGUUUUGCAUGACAAAUUCAUGUAACAGCUGAGAAUGUAACGUUUGAGAGCGCCAUAGCCAAUCACAGCAACGCUGCCGGCGAUUGGAACAACGCGUCCAAGUGGGGGCCUCCUAACAAAGCGGCGAACAACAAGUGGAAAAGCAGCAAGAAUGCUGGCGACCACAACUCCAACUGGAACAGUAGCACCGGGAACAAUGGUGCAACGUGGGGAAACAACAACAAUAACUGGAAAAACAACAAGAAGAAUUGGAACAAAAACAACGCGAAUCAUCAAAAGGCGAACUGGAACAACGGUGCUAGUGGUUACAACGACGGGAUGCAUAAUUACAACAGCGGAGGUGGUUCAUGGGGACAGGACCAACAGCAGGGAUGGAGCAACGGUCACCAAGGUAUGAUGGCGGGUCAGGAUCAGCAGGGAGGUCCUGCUGGGUACAGCAAUGGAUACGGUGGCAGCAAUGGUUCUUACAACAACCAACAAUACGAUCAACAGCACCACCAGAUGGGUACUAACACGACGGCGUCCGGUGCUGAUUACAGCCAGCAGAUGCAGUACGGACAAGAGCAGCAUCAAAACGGUAAUAUGAUGGACCAUGGACACGGACAGUACAGCCAGCAACAGCAAUACAACCUCCAGCAAGUAGAUCCGUACAAUCCCAUGAGCGGCAACGUGGACCAGAUGUACAGCCAGCAACAAAAUAUCACACAGAAAAAAGCUGGCAGGGCAUAUUUGUAAUGCAAAAAUAAAUACACAAAAAAAUCUGUAUUGCAUAUCCGAAACAGCAUGCUAUGGGGCCACCCAUGACAACUUUUUCUGUGUAUUUAUUUUUGCAUUACAAAUACAAAUAUGCCCCGCCAGCUUUUUUCUCUGGGAUACAAAACGGAUCGUACAAUCACGAGACGAGUUCCAUGAUGCACCAGCAGCACCAGCAGAACAACAUGCAGCCAGAAGUUUACAACAACAGCAACGGGGCACCAGCUAGUCAUGGCCGGGACGAUGUGCCCCCCGUCGGCAUGAUGCCAGCUGCGGGCAUGCAUUCCGACAGUCAGAGUAAUCAGGGUCCCUCCCUCUCGGACCAACUACGGGAACAGCUGAUGCAGCAAUUAAAGAAGACCCAACAAGAAGCGGCGGCUGUAAAUCAUCUUCGUGAGGGUCAAGCGAAUAAAAGCUCCGAGAAGCGGCGCCCGCGGGGAACAAGGGUAUAGGAUUUUGGCGAUGGAGAUAUACUGCCUGUCAUGCAGGAGAACUGCGGUGAAGGUGAUUUAGGUUUUAUAAAGUGCUAGCUCGUCAUGCAUCUGCAUGCAUGAUUGUUCAUUAAAUUAUCAAAAUCAAUAUCAUAUACAAGAAUGUCGUUACUACAGAACACCCCUGCGACGCCGAUCUCGUCAAACACUUCGCCGUUGAAACCGGUCGCGUUGGAAAUAGAUCCCGACGAACCGGAGCUGAAGGUAUGAUAUGAUAAAACUACAAGAAGAGCGUGUGUUUGUGAUGCAUAACAGGUACAGGAACUGCCGGCGUAUUACUAUCUAAACUGCAGCAGCUGGUCAAAAAUGCAGGCGAGGGGUAUGUUCGGGGGUAUGUUCGGGGGUGUGUCAGGGGUAUGCAAAUGGCCGUCAAUCACGGGCGGAUUACAAUUUUUUGGCGAAAAAGCAACAGGUGGGGUAUAAACAUACCCCAGACACACCCCAGACACACCCCAGACAUACCCCAGACAGACCCCCGAACACACCCCAGGCAAAAAGUCCGAACAUACCCCAGACACACCCCGGACACACCCCGGGCAGACUUUCCGACACACCCCGGGCAGACUUUCGGACACACCCCGGACACACUUUGGGACCUCGCCACGCGAGAUGUGCAAUGGCGGGCUCCAGUUUGUCACGCGAGCCGCCACCCUGUCGAGCUUCCCGGGCCCCGUUGGCAAGGCCCAGGGACGAAAGGCGCCCUCGGUCAGCGCGGGGACCCGGUCCCCGUGUCAUGACCUGGGGGCCAGAUUUGGGCGCUUCCCGGACACCGUACGGCCCAGGGGCAAAAGCCCUAGGUCAGCGCGGGGACUCGGUCCCCGCGUCAUGACCUAGGGGCCAGCUAUGGGCGCUUACAUCCCGGAAACCAACCGCAUGGCCCAGGAACAAAAGCCCUAGGUCAGCGCGGGGACUCGGUCCCCGCGUCAUGACCUAGGGGCCAGCUUUGGGCGCUUCCCGGAAACUAACCGCACGGCCCAGCCAGGGGCAAAAGCCCUAGGCCAGCGCGGGGACUCGGUCCCCGCGGGGCCAGCUUUGGGCGCUUCCCGGAAACUAACCGCACGGCCCAGGGGCAAAGCCCUAGGCCAGCGCGGGGACCCGGUCCCCGCGCGCGUCAUGACCUAGGGGCCAGCUUUGGGCGCUUCCCGGAUGGAAACUAACCGCAUUACCGAGGAGCAAAAGCCCUACCUAGGGCAGCGCGGGGACUCGGUCCCCGCGUCAUGACCUAGGGGCCAGCUUUGGGCGCUUCCCGGAAACUAACCGCAUUGCCGAGGCGCAAAAGCCCUAGGUCAGCGCGGGGACUCGGUCCCCGCGUCAUGACCUAGGGACCAGCUUUGGGCGCUUCCCGGAAACUAACCGCAUGGCCGAGGCGCAAAAGCCCUAGGUCAGCGCGGGGACUCGGUCCCCGCGAGCGUCAUGACCGAGGGGCCAGCUUUGGGCGCUUCCCGGAAACUAACCGCAUGGCCGAGGCGCAAAAGCCCUAGGUCAGCGCGGGGACUCGGUCCCCGCGAGCGUCAUGACCGAGGGGCCAGCUUUGGGCGCUUCCCGGAAACUAACCGCAUGGCCGAGGCGCAAAAGCCCUAGGUCAGCGCGGGGACUCGGUCCCCGCGUCAUAACGUAGGGGCCAGCUUUGGGCGUUUCAUUCCCGGAAACUAGCCGCACGGCCCAGGGGCAAAAGCCCUAGGUCAGCGCGGGGACUCGGUCCCCGCGUCAUGACCUAGGGGCCAGCUGCAGACCCGGCGCCAGCUUCUUCCUUUCUGUUUUCUUUGUUCGCGGUAGGUUAACGGGUCUAGUGUGGGCAAGCAGAGGGGCUCCGUCCGCAGAUCUGUCGCGGAUCAGGGGACGCAGCCCACACAGAAACACCGGGCUGCAGGGGUCUGCCUGCCCAGUGCCACCACAACCCCCGAACUCGUCCCAGACAAAUGCCGGAAGGUCGCCGCACGGGGACUCUGUCCCCGUGCUCGGACCUUGUUUCUCAUGCAAAAUCUUAUUCUUUCAAAACAAAGCCUUCUGAUAGUGAUACUAGUACUACCGAGAAGGAAUUUUGUUUUGUAGAUGAACUACCUGCUAUCCACGAACUUCUCUCACGACAGACUCCCGGGGGUCCGGAAAACCAGAAAAGCAGCAUCCAUCGUCCGAAAAGUAGCAAGUUCCUGAAAUCUGACGACAAGUCUGACGAUAACUCCACCAACAGCAAAAAAUCUCGGGUUUGCACGCCGCCGCUCCCUAUGGAUUUCAAAAAUGUCUGGGUCUGGAAGAUUGUGAUUGUCAGAUUUGUCAUGCAGCUUUUCCAUGAUUCAUGAGGUCUGGAAUGCAGGACCUAGCAUCACAGAUUUUUAGGGGGCCUCCUGAUGCCUAGUCCGCAUGACGAAUGCCCUCUCCACGUAGCACAAGGUGGACUCUUCUUGCUGUCCACGUAGCACAAGCGGGUGUCCACCUAGGGUAUUGGCAGAGGCUAAAUCUGUUCUAACGCCACGGUAUUGGCAGAGGCUAAAUCUGUUCUAACGCCACCCUGACAGGAGUCAAAUGUCAAAGCGAUACGAUGCACGUAGCACAAGCUGGACUCUUCUUGCUGGUCAUGCAACACAGAUCUUUUUAGAAUCCAAAAGCAGCAUCACAAGUUGCAACCUUCCAGACCCAGACAUAUUUGCAUUUGAUACUCCCCCCAAAUAGUACUUCUAAUUCACAUUCGGACAAUAAAAACAACAAAACAUCUUCCAGUCUGCUUUCCGGCGCGAAUUCUUUAUUCGCGGGCAGUCCAGGAGGAGUGGAAGGCACGAAUUUGAAUCCGCUGUUAGCCGCUGCGGCGGGUGCGGGCGGCGCUGGAGGUGGGGCGAGUAGUGGAGCAGGAGCAGCUGCUGGUGCUCCGGGUUCUUCGAAUCCUGCUUUAUCAAAUGCAAAAAUGUCUGGGUCUGGAAUGUUGCCGGGUUUGUCUUUGUCGUGCAUAUUUUGCAUGACCCAGGAUGUCUGUAAUACAGGACCUAGCAUCACAGAUUUUUAGAGGGCUUCCUGGUGCCUAUUCCGCAUGAAAAAUGCCCUCCCCGCGUAACACAAACUAGACUCCUCUUGCUGAUCAUGCAAUACAGAUUUUUUUGGAAUCCAAAGCUAGCAUCACAAGCUCCAACCUUCCAGACCCAGAGAUGUAUGCGCUUGAUACGCUUUGUCCGCGUAUGACCAGAUGUUCAACGACCUCCUCGGGUUCUACACUGCGAACCCAAGUUUGAUCCCCGGCUUCCCCGGAGGUUUACCUGGUGCAGCAGCUCCGGGAGCAGGAAUGAUUCCCGGAGCAGCUCCCGCUGGUUUGCUGCCGGGUCUGGCCGGGUUACCUGGGUUGCCCGGAGCUGCAGGACCGCUCGGGGUUCCAAUGCCGGGGUUUCCAAUGGUGCCGGGCUUGGGUGGUUUUCCAGGGCUCCCAGGAACUGCGGGGUUGCCUGGCGCUAUCCCCGGAUUUCCGGACCCGACGGCCCUGUUUCCAGGAUUGGAUUAUGGGAAAAUUCUGGGCGAGACCUGGGGUGCAGCGGGAUUGACUUUGGUAUAGUUGUUUCUUCCCAUAGUACUUUGAUGCAUCUUGAGCAUGACAGAAGAUCUCGAUGUGGUCGUGUUUGGUGAACUUGCUGCUUGUCCAGUACUUGUCGAUGCGAAGAACUUAAAUGUUAAUAUAUCUGAAAUCACCGGUUGUACAACAUGAUCUCCAAAACAGCCCCCGCCGUUCGACGGCUCGGUUACCUUCGACGAGUGGAUGGCACAGUAUGGGACUCUCAAAUGUUACAUUCUCAACUGUUACACGAUUUGUCAUGCAAAAUUGCCAUCAGUAUCUGCAUGAUCAAGCUGCUGCGCAUGACAAACGGCAAACAGGCUGAGAAUCUGUGCCAAAUCUGUCAUGCAAGACGCGCAAGGUCCCCCUUUUCACGUUUGCCGUUCUUGCAUCACAAAUUCAUUUAACAGCUGACAGUGUAACGUUUGAGAAUGCCAUACACAGGCGGCUUUCGCCGGAGCUGGUGGUUUUCCCGGAGCUGGAGGACCAAAGGUUGCUGGUGGCCCUUUUUCCGCCCCCGGAAGUGGACUGAUGGGCGGUGCAAAAGGUGGGAAAUUUGGCGGCGGCGGUGCACCAGACGGUUGGUGGAAUUCGAUCGGGAAACACGGAAGCAGUAGUAGUGGUGGUCCUACAUCCACCACAAACGAGUCCGAGCGUCCCCCGCCCACCUCCUGGUACGCGAAUAAAAACGGGAAAGGUGUUGCAACCAACAACCCAGUAUGCAUUGCAAAAGUAUCGUAUUCGUAUAAAUGCAUCACAAAUUUCCUCAGCAUGAGAAUAGAAGUUGUAAUGCGGAUUUGACUUAACGAAAAGAUUUGUAAUGCAUGAUUGCAAUACGAGUACGACGCUUUUGCACAGGAUACCCAGACUCCACAAACAAGCCCGGUGCGCAUGGGAAGAACAACCCGGAGGCGUACCAGAAGAUGAUGCGCGAGUGGUACCAGUCGUGGGAUCCGACCGGAAAGUGGUACGGACUUAUCAAAAGCAAAAGUGUCUGGGUCUGGAAGAAUGCAAGGUUUGCCAUGCAUGUUUUGCACGACCCAUGAUGCCAGUGGUGCAUGGCCUAGCAUCAGAGACCUUAAGAAGGCUCUCUGAUGCUUAUUCCGCAUGACAAAUGCCCUCCCCGCGCAGCACAAAGAAACUUGACUCCUCUUGCUGGUCAUGCAAUGCAAGUCGUCUUAAUCUUAAAUGAAUCCAAAUCCAGCAUCACAAGUUGCAACCUUCCAGACCCAGACAUAUUUGCAAUUCAUAGGACUGCACAAGGGGCCGAAGGGGUCGGGAUUUACGCUAUCAUCCGGAAAGGGUAACAUGUUGAACAAGGACAUAAAUGGCGGGAGUAGUAUUCUGGCUGCGGGAAAUACCCAAGAAAAAAACAUUGUAGGUGUAACUUUUUUGGAGGAACAGCAUUACAAAUUUGUCUGGUAUGACAGCAAAAACCUGUCAUGCGCAGAUAGUACGUGAAAACGCCCUUUCGUGUACCCCACGAUGCAUGCCAAGCAUGACAGACGCAAUCAUCUUGCAUGUUAAGCAUCACAAAUUUACACUAACAGCGUUUUUUUCUAGGAUAGGAAAGGAGAGUAACAGCAACUGGUCGAAGGAAGAAUGGGCGGAGUGGAUGAGCAAGUACUACGCGUUUUACCAGAAUUAUGCAAAGAAAAAAGUGAUGUUACAGGUACACACUGUGCUGCAGACCCAGCAAUAGAGACAACCUCUCUCCUGCCGCAUAGGCAUAAAAGGCUUUUUUCGUACGUGUUUUCCCUUAGGAUUUCUGCAUUGCAGGUUUAUUUCUCUGUAAAAAUGUAGAGCAAGUUUGUGUUGCUGAAGUUUUAAAACAAAUGUGUCACUGUAACACUGUUUUCUUGGGAUAAAAAUCAGCAGGGGAUCAAGGGCGGAAAAUUGAUGAAAGGAGCUCCGUUAGAAAUGAUGCUCGGAGGUGGAACUGGCGCUUCUUCUACAACUGGGAAAGGAAAAGAGUACAACAUUAACUUUGACGACGACGAAUCUGACGCGGAUAGCACCAGCAGCGACGGUAAGAACGACUCUGUGUCCAACACGGACAGCAAAAAACGCGAAUCGGACGGAGAGGGCGAAGAUCUUGAUACGAAAUUAUCACGAGAAAAAAGUGUUACAGUUACACAUUUGUUGGAGUUUCUGCAUCACAAAUUUUCUCUGUGUGGCAGAGAAAACUUGUAAUGCGAAGAUCAUAAGGGAAAACAGGAAGGAAACGAAGCUCCGAAGCAUUUCCUGCAUGAGAAAGGUUGUCUCUGUUGCCAGUCUCGCAUGACAAUGUGUAACUGUAACACUUUUUUCCUGCGAUAGAAAUUGGAUGCCAGCGAAGAUGACGAGAAUGAUCAAGACACAAGUAAUAUCACACGAAAAAGUGUUAACGUGAACGGAAUUUGUAAUGCAGUAAUGCAUCGCAAAACGUGCCCAGAUGUGUCAUGCAUAGCAUGCAUAUUGGGCUACAUUUGUGAUGCAUGAUUGCAAUCUGUGGAAACCGUUAACCUUAACACUUUUUCUUCUGAUAAGUAAAAACAUCAAGCGGGAGAAAAAACUGUCGAAAGGAUCCACCAUGGCACUGUCUUCGGGCUCUUGUACUUCUACCUCGUACUAUGCGGACGAGCAGGGAGAGUUCCACAAAAACUCUGGCUCGUCCAAUCAUGCGGAACCGAUCCCGAAAACGCCGGAGUUCCUCGCAGCGGAAGGGGGAGGAGUUGGUAUGGACAAUCACAAUCAGCACGUUGCAAAGCAGAAAAUAAUAAACGGUGGUGUCGAAGAACAUCAGAACAAAUCCUCCACGACUUCCGGAAACAUUAAACGGAUCAGCGGUUCGUUUUUAUCAUCCGGCAAGAAUCUAGCGCCGCCUCCGGGCUUAACGAACGAGGACGAACUCGCCGAGGUUCUGGGUGUAGCUGACGGUGUCGGUGAAACCGACCACAUCAAGCAGAUGAACAAAACUUUCUCGGCAGCUUCGAACACCACGACAAUGACAAAAACCAUCUCCACUACCUCCGAUAAUUCAUCCUCUUCCUCGGAGCAGCCCUUAGUCGCAGCGAGCAAAAACACGUUUUACGACAAAUUUUCCGGGGGGAAAGACGAACCGAAGCCGUUGAAGGAGAAGGUUUUUGACUUUCAGAAGAAGGAGCUGACGCACGGGUUGCGGUUUUACUACUUGUUGGAGGAAAGGAUGCAAGCGUAUGAGGCGAAAUACCAGGUGCAGUGGGAUCUGAAGGUAUCAAAUGCAAAUAUGUCUGGGUCUGGAGAGUUGGAACCUGUCAUGCCAGCUCGACAUUUUUCCUGAGAGAUCUGUAUUGCAUAACCAACAAAAGUGGCAGCCAUUUUUGUCAUGCAAAAACACAGUUUCUCAUGCGGAGUACGUAUGAGAAAGCGUUCUGGAAAGUUGUCAUGCUGGGCUGCCUUCGAAAUGGUUUCUAUCAUCCACAUUUUAGCAUCACAAGUUUCCAGACCCAGACAUAUUUGCAUUCGAUAGAAGGACCCGAAGGACAAGACGUUGCAGGAGAAGGUGUUCCUGCAUUUGCUAUCCUUCGUCACGAACUGCUGGAUAUCAAAUGCAAAUAUGUCUGGGUCUGGGAGAUUGCGAGACUUGUCAUGCUAGUCUUGCAUGACGCUGAGCUCUGUAUUGCGUGGCCGCAAAGAUGAGCUCCUCUUGCCUGUCAUGUUGCAAAAACGCAGUUUCUAAUGCGGAGUAAGUACGCAACUCAGAACCACGGAAAAACUUGUCAUGCUUGGCAGUGCAGUACAGUGUGCUCAUUCUUGUUCCCUGACUUGCAUCACAAGUUUCCAGACUCAGACAUAUUUGCAAUGCAUACUGGAGUAGUGACAAAACGCAGUGCUCCUCCGCGUUGAUCUUUUGGAAGGUGGUGCAGUAUCCUGUGCAAAAGUAUCGUACUCGUAUUGCAGUCAUGCAUUACAAAUCCUUUUCUUCAGGUCAAUCCGCAUUACAAAUUUUAUCUCUCAUGCUGGGCAAACUUGUAAUGCACUUAUACGAAUACGAUACUUUUGCAAUGCAUAUGCAGGACGUUUUCGCGAUGCUGAAAUACUACGGGGUGAAACCGUUCACGAAGGUAUAAUUAGACGUCGGUGCUUCUGGAAACAUAUGCGAUUUGCGGUUUGUCAUGCACAUUUCAGAACAAAAAAAUAAAAAAAUCAGUUUUUCUCCAUGGCUGCUGCGGGAUACGAGAAAUUCGUUUCUAAGUCCGAAGUAUCCUGUGCAAAAGUAUCGUACUCGCAGUAAUUGCAUUUAUGCAUUUAUUAAUCCUUGGAAAUAUCCAUAUCUAGCUGCAUAUUUGCAAAAUGUAGCGAAAGGCAACCCGCUACCGGGCCUGCCAUGUUCAUCUUUCACGCCCGCGCCCGACGUUUUCGCGUCAGCGAGUUGCUGGGGAGUCGAGCGGAAGCCGGAGGUUCAUUCUCUGGCACCGCUGGCGCAGUUAGUAGAUAGCGAAUACAUCCUAGCGCUACCCCUUUGGCGAAGGGUCAGCCGAACGGAUAUGCGGCUGCACCAGAGCCGCGCGAAUCCAGGCGCGCUGAUUGUUUGCAAUUCUGGAACUGGGCCAAACGCAGCGGCUGUAGCGCGCCGCAACUGGCUGCAGCCUCUCAAUAGUGGCGGUCGGCAACUCUUUUUAGCGACCGGCGUGGCGCGUCUUCUUGCAAUUUUAGGAUGCGGAAAAGCAGGCCGCCAGCAUUCGCCAAAGCCGGGGGCCAUUCGUGAAAAGCCUCCAGGUGGUCUCCCGGCCAGCGCGCAUGCACCCAAAAAGCGCAGCAAAUCCGAGGAAAGCACCUCCACCGAGCGCUAGCCCACCGCGCAACAUGCCUAGUAGCUGUAUUUCGCUGAGCAUGUCCCGCUGCUCCAGAAACUCUUGGCCGUACUUCAGCCAGGUCGCAAAGCAACCGCCCACGGUUCCGGUGCGAUCGGGAAAUACUGUCAGGCAUCUUGGGUUCGCAUAAAGAUGUCGCAUGAAGACCAAUACCCCAAACAAAUACCCCUUGAAGGGGGUACUUGCUGGGGGUAUUCGUCAUCGUUGUGCACCGAGCUGAGUCCAAAAAUCCCGGGGGGUAUUGAUGGGGGUAUUCGUACGGGGUAUUGCUUUGGGGUAUCGCGUUGGGGUAUUGCUUUGGGGUAUGCGUUUUCGCAUUGGGUGAGCUUGGCGAAGGUGAAACGCGAGCGGGAAAUUUCCAUCAUUGCAAAAUCCCAAUUUGUGUUUCACCCAAACCCGAGCGGGGAAUUUCCAUCAUUGCAAAUUGUAGCUUGCCUCUCACCCAAACCCGAGCGGGGAAUUUCCAUCAUUGCAAAUUGUAGCUUGCCUCUCACCCAAACCCGAGCGGGGAAUUUCCAUCAUUGCAAAAUGGCGAGCGUCAAUACUUUCAACUCCCCACACCGUCUGACUUCCAAACCCGAGGAUUUGGCGGAUGGCUGGUCGCCUCGCCAACUCCUACGCGCGCGGAGACACAUCCAGACGAAGCCUGGGCGCACCCUCGCGCCCAGGCUUCGUUCGGGUGUAGAAGGUGCGCAACACAGGGGCGCCGCACGGCAGGCGGCUCCACACGAAAGUCAGAGCGCUGCUCCUGGCCUCGCCUGCAGCCCCACUCCCCUCUCCCUUUGGCUUCCCGGAAGGCCUCGGUCUUCGGCACUUUCCUUUGGCCAGUCCGGAAAACCGAGCUGGGAAUUUCCAUCAUAGCAAAAUGCAGAAAAUGGCUUACAACGACACCUUCUGACGCCCUUUCCCGCACUUUCAGUGGAGCGGCAAAAGGAAGCACGAGAAGGAAGGCUGGCAGACCGCCGGUCAGCUGCCAAAAGCUGCUGCUGCGAGUCCUCUACAUUUUGCAAAUAUGCGCACAAAUAUGGAAAUUUUCAACGACUAAAUUUACAAAUUUCUUUCUCAAGGCAAAUCAGCAUUACAAAUUCAAUUUGUAAUGCUGAGGAAAUUUGUAAUGCGAUUUCUACGUAGUGCGAUGCUUUUGCAUUCGAUACGAAGCGAAAUCUGUGGAGCACUUCAUCGAAUUGGAAAAAAUGUUAUGCACUACAAAUUUCCGGUGCAUGUACAAAAUGCAUCACAAAUGUCACCAACUUGGAGCAUGCCACUUGUCAUGCUGAAUAGAAUUGAAAGAAAGUUUUGUCAUGCGGAAACCGCAUACGUUUACGUACAUGAUGUGCAGGAAAUUUACUGUGGAUAGAUGUUUUACGAAAUUUGCCCACCAAACGCCACCCUGCUGAAUGCGCAUUUGGACUCGGCUUUCAUCCGGCUCAUGAUGAUUUUCGGGGACGAACUACUGGCGACCCGGAACGAGUCCGGAUAUGAUCUAUCAAACGGAAAAAUCCCCCCUCCCCAUAUCGAAAUGGAAAUCUGUGAUGCAGGAUUUGAGGUACCAAAUCGACUUGUCAUGCUAGAAGGCCAAGCGCCGCAGUCGUGGUCUCGUUUGCAGGCAAUUUGUCAUGCUGUUUCCCACUCUCAGCUGCCUCCUAUCAUGCUGAAGAUGCAAGGCUCCCCCACGCCACCCAGCACUACAGUCCGCAUCUUUUCCCGUGUAGCAUGACAAAGCUGAUUUGUGACAACAAAUCUGCAUCACAGAUUUCCGCUUUGAUAUGGGGAGGGGGGAUUUUUCCUUUUGAUAUGAUCAGGCCUUUCACUUGAUCAUCCGGCGGAGGCGCGAGUACAAGCUAUGCCUUGCAAAACUAUCACACUCGUAGCAAUUGCAAUCGCAGCUAGUUCGCAUGACAAAUCUCCAUCGGAAAGCUAAAUCGGCAUGACAAAUCCACUCGAUAUGCUGAGCAAGUUUGUCAUGCAAUUCUUACUACGUGUGCGUACUUCUGCAAUGCAUACAAGCCGUACAGUUACAAUUACCGGUACAUUUUUCUGCUCUAUCAAGUAUCCCACGAAAAAAAUGUUACAGUUACACAUUUGUAGUCAAUUCAGCAACACAAAUUUCUCUGCAUGAGAGAGAAAACUUGUAAUGCAGAAAUCCUACGGGAAAACACCUACUCAACGAGGCUCCUAUGCAUAUCCGGCAUGACAGAGCUUGUCUGUCUUGCUCGGUGUGCAACACAAUGUGUAACUGUAAAACUUUUUUCUUGCGAUACCAAGCCGCGUUGGACUACUGCAAGGACAAUGAUUACUUAGAGGAAUUGGAAAACCACGUGCACUAUGAACUGCAAAAGUAUCGUACUCGUAUACAUGCAUUACAAAUUCACUCGGCAUGAGAAAUAAAAUGCGUAAUGCUGAUUUACCUGAAGAAAAAGAUUUGUAAUGCAUGACUUUACAAUACGAGUGCGAUACUUUUACACAGGAUAUGCACCAGUGGGCGGAGCAAGACCACGUGACCGGGAAUCUGAACAAGGAAAAGUGCACCAAGUACCACACUUUUGCCCCGCCGAAGAAACUGUCCGAAGAUGACGUCGACGGAGAGUUAUCCUUCGUGGAAGCGGCGGAAGGUGAGAACACGACUGGAGCAGGUGCGGAGUCAUCUGUGGUCGGAAGAGUGGUCCCGGACGAACUUGGGAUUGGUUCGGACUUGAUCUUUCCGCCGAUCGGAGGUUGCUCCAGUACAACUUCAUCUACCAGCAAGACGAGCUCUACGACCAGCAAGAACACGACCAAUGCUGCGUCGAUGAACAGCAACUCCAAGACCACCUACCACACAGCGUACGGAACUACAAGCGGGUCCUCCUCCGUGCGAAAUGGCGGCGCGUCUACCACUGUGAACCACAGAUUUCUCGGGUCUUCUUCCAUGAAAAAGGGAAAAAAACAAGCUACUGCGGGAAGUGGUACGAGCAUGACAAACAGCAAAACGUCGAAAAAUCACCACCUUGUUCAACAUCCUGAGUCCGCCGUGAAAAAGUUCGUGGACACGCUGUACUCUCCGGAACUGGAAUAUGGCAUUCUCAAACGUUACAUUCUCAAGUUUUAGACGAACUUGUCAUGCAAAACUAACUUAAGCUGCAUAAGCCGCCAGAUAAUCAAGCUGCUUCGCAUGACAAAUCUCCGAGACGCUAAGCAGCAUCUAAAUUCGUGCCAAAUCUGUGAUGCGAAAGCAGCAAGCUUACCCCUUUGACUGUUGCCAUUCUUGCAUUGCAAAUUCAUGUAACAGUUGAGAAUGUAAGAGUUGAGAACGCCAUAUGGAACUCGUUUCCCCAGACUCCUUCGGCUGUUCUCCCGGUGGCUGCAGCGUAAACUCGGUGAAUAUCGCACGAAAAAAGUGUUUCACUGUAAGGAUUUUGCAGGUUUUGCAUCACAAGUUUGUUUUACAUGACAGCGGAAAUUUGCCAUGCGGCGUUCUUAAGGGAAAACACAGCUAGAAAUCCAUUGUCUUGCAUGUAUAGCAUGACACACACUUCUGCGAUCCAUUUUCUGCAUCACAAGUUCACAGUGAAACGCUUUUUUCUCGCGAUUGUGAACUCGUACUCGGUGAUCGGCUCUUCCGUAUCCUGUGCAAAAGUAUCGUACUCGUAGUAAUUGCAGUCAUGCAUUACAAAUUUUUUUGCUAAGGUAAAUCCGCAUGGCAAAUUUUAGUGCUCAUGCUGAGGGAAUUUGUAAUGCAUUUAUGCGAGUGCGAUACUUUUGCAAUGCAUAAUCCGGAAACCGUCGCGAUUCCAUGGUGACUGCCGGUUCCGCGUUGUCUGCGAAUAGCAUGGACGGCGAAGAUGAAAUAAAUAACGAGCAGGACGUCGCUGGGUGCUGUCAUGGGGAGACCACCGAAGAUCGGGAUGAACAGGAUGUGUUUAAAUCGACAGAGAAGGACUACCUCUUCCCCGAAGACAACAUCGACGCGAUUACGGGAGGCGGUUUGGGAGCGAAAGUAGCAGGAAAGAAAGACGAGGACCGGGAAAGUGACACUGAGGGGGAACACGAACAGGAACAACCGUCCAUUGUCAAGUCGCUUAUCAAGGAGAUGUUGGGAGCGGGUGGGGACAAGUAG